AUGAAUUCCUUUGAAGAGAAGAAUGAGAAAAAGAAAAUGAAGCUUUUGUGGAGGAAAAUAUCAGUCUGUUCAUAUCUAUCUAUCUAUCUAUCUAUCUAUCUCAGUCUGUUCAUAUCUAUUUAUAUCUAUCUUUUUCAAUCUGUUCAUAUCUAUCUCUCUAUCUCAGUCUGUUCAUAUCUAUCUCUCUAUCUCAGUCUGUUCAUAUCUAUCUCUCUAUCUCAGUCUGUUCAUAUCUAUCUCUCUAUCUCAGUCUGUUCAUAUCUAUCUAUCUAUCUCAGUCUGUUCAUAUCUAUCUCUCUAUCUCAGUCUGUUCAUAUCUAUCUAUCUAUCUCAGUCAGUUCAUAUCUAUCUAUCUAUCUAUCUAUCUAUCUAUCUAUCUAUCUAUCUCAGUCUGUUCAUAUCUAUCUAUCUAUCUAUCUAUCUAUCUAUCUAUCUAUCUCAGUCUGUUCAUAUCUAUCUAUCUAUCUAUCUAUCUCAGUCUGUUCAUAUCUAUCUAUCUAUCUAUCUCAGUCUGUUCAUAUCUAUCUAUCUAUCUAUCUCAGUCUGUUCAUAUCUAUCUAUCUAUCUAUCUAUCUCAGUCUGUUCAUAUCUAUCUAUCUAUCUCAGUCUGUUCAUAUCUAUCUAUCUAUCUAUCUCAGUCUGUUCAUAUCUAUCUAUCUAUCUAUCUCAGUCUGUUCAUAUCUAUCUAUCUAUCUAUCUCAGUCUGUUCAUAUCUAUCUAUCUAUCUAUCUCAGUCUGUUCAUAUCUAUCUAUCUAUCUAUUUCAGUCUGUUCAUAUCUAUCUAAGUCUGUUCAUAUCUAUCUAUUUAUCUAUCAAUCUGUUCAUAUCUAUCUAUUUAUCUAUCAAUCUGUUCAUAUCUAUUUAUCUAUCAAUCUGUUCAUAUCUAUCUAUCUCAGUCUGUUUAUAUCUCUCUCUCUAUCUAAGUCUGUUUAUAUGUCUCUCUCUGUCUAUCUCAGUCUGUUUAUAUUUCUCUCUCGAUCUAUCUAUCUAUCUUUCUCAGUCUGUUCAUAUCUAUCUAUCUAUCUAUCUAUCUAUCUAUCUAUCUAUCUCAGGGAAGAGAGAUCAAAAUCUUUCUGUCUUGCUAUCGAUCUUCAUAUGUUCAAUUAUAUCUAUCAGUUUAUCUAUCUAUCUAUCUAUCUAUCUAUCUAUCUAUCUAUCUAUUCAAGUCCUUUAGUCUGUUUCAGUUUUUCUCUCUAUCUAUGA